AUGUCUGACAUUAAGCCAGUCACCUCAUUUGGAUCUGACAAGUUGGACGAAGUUUCGAGCGAAAGGUCUUCUGCAAACUCCUAUAACAAGACACAAGAUGCUAUGACACCUAAAGACACCUCAACUAGUGCACAAGAGCAGAACAAGAAGAAAGGUUUCUUGCGUCACUUUAAGAUGAAGAACAUUUUCGAAAAAAUUGAAGAUAGACCCACACCCAAAGAAGUGUACAACUACCGUAUUUAUCUUACAGCAAUCAUGGCUUCAGCUGCUGCCAUCAUUAUUGGUUACGAUUCUGGUUUCAUCGGAGGUGCCGUUGCGUUACCUGCUUUCGAAAAAGAGUUUGGUUUGGACGUUGCUCCCAACUCUGCAUAUAUUAUUUCAAAUGUCAUUUCGGUUUUCCAUGUUGGAUGUUUCUUUGGUUCUUUGUUCUCCUACCCUGCGUCAUACUACCUUGGUAGAAGAAUACCAUUGAUUGCUGCUGCUUUGUUGAUUACUUUGGGCUCUGGUCUUAUGCUUGCUGCCAACUCAGAAAGAGGAUUAGGUCCUAUCUACGCAGGUCGAGUGCUUGCUGGUUUAGCUGUUGGCUGUUCCACAAACUUGACUGUUGUUUAUAUUUCAGAGAUUUCGCCACCAGCAAUUAGAGGUCAGUUGACUGCCAGUUAUGAGAUUGGAUGGAGAGUUGGUGAUCUCGUUGGUUUCUGGAUCAACUAUGGUGUCGACUCUACAUUGCCAGAGGGAAAGAGCCAAUGGUAUAUCCCAUUUGCUAUUCAAUUGAUCCCCAGUGGAUUGUUUUUACUCGGUAGUAUCUUUAUGAAGGAAAGUCCCAGAUGGUUGAUGCAGGUUGGCAAAUACGAAAAGGCAGUUGAGAAUCUUACCUGGUUUAGACAAUUGCCAGAAACAGACGAGUACAUCAUUUACGAGAUUAACCAAUGUAAAGAGUCUAUUGAAGAACAACGUGCCAAGGUUGGUUUGGGUAUCAUGGAUCCAUUCUAUGAGGUUUUCUUCCGUAACUGGAACUUGUUAUACCGUUUGUUCAUUACCGUUAUGUUGUUUUUGUUUUGUAACUUUAUGGGUAUCCAAGCAAUCAACUACUACUCGCCCAAAUUGUUCAAGGGUCUUGGUGUCCAAGGUACCAAUGCGUCAUUGUUUUCCACUGGUAUGUUUGGUGUUGUGAAAUUCAUCUGUACAUUUAUCUACAUUCUUUUCAUUGUUGAUACAUAUGGAAGAAGAAAAGCAUUUAUGUGUUCUUCAGCACUUUGCUCGGUAUGUUUCUGGUACAUUGGCGCAUACUUGAAGAUCAAUGAUCCUACCAAGCCGGGUGUAAGUGCUGGGCCAGGGGGUAAGGCAGCUAUUGGAUUUAUGUACAUUUGGAUUGCGUCCUUUAUCACUGCUUGGUCGGGUGGUCCAUUUGUUGUUGGUGCCGAAGUGUUUGAUCAGAAUAUUAGAUCCUUUGUGCAAGCAAUCAAUGCGGCAAUGUCAUGGGUGGCCAUUUUCGUUAUGUCGAGAUGGACGCAGAAUAUGAUUGCAACCAUGUCGUAUGGUAUUUAUUUCUUCUUUGCUAGUCUUGCAGUGGCGCUGAUUCCAUUUGUCUACUUUAUGUUGCCAGAGACCAAGGGUAUUGCUUUGGAAGAUAUGGACAAGUUGUUCAAUAGAAAGAUUCCAGCUAGAAAGGCGCACAAGAUUGUGUUGAACAAUGUGAGACACGAGACGGAGGAAAUUUUCCAUGAGAACCACGAGCACGGUUUGUUCAGCAUGGCUGAUAACAAGCCAGAGACAGAGAAUGUCGAGCACUUGUUUGAAAGUGACAAGGAGAAAGUUUGA